CUAUGUCACUUCCGCUCCCCGGGCUUUGCGGAUCUGGGGAAGGUGAGGUUGGACAGCAUUGUUUCUCUUCCGGCGCUGUACACUGUUUUAGAGAAGGCGUUAGGAUCGCUGCCAGACCAGGCCUUCGCGUUUCUGGUCAGGUAGUACCGGUACGGUGGCCGAGGAGGUUUGAGCGCGCCGGAAGUCGUCCUCGGCGCUCGCGCCUGUCUGGGCUACAGACGCACGUGGCGCGGCCGGAGAGAACAUGUCUUUCCGAGGAGGAGGAGGUCGCGGAGGCUUUAAUCGCGGAGGCGGAGGCGGCGGCUUCAACCGUGGCGGCGGCGGUAACAACAACCACUUCCGAGGGGGCGGUGGCGGCGGCAAUUUUAGAGGCGGCGGCCGAGGAGGGUUUGGACGAGGGGGCGGUCGUGGAGGCUUUAAUAAAUUCCAAGAUCAAGGACCUCCAGAACAUGUCGUCUUGUUAGGCGAGUUUAUGCAUCCCUGUGAAGAUGACAUCGUUUGUAAAUGUACCACAGAGGAGAACAAGGUGCCAUACUUCAAUGCUCCUGUGUUUUUAGAAAACAAAGAACAGAUUGGGAAAGUGGAUGAGAUAUUUGGACAACUUAGAGAUUUUUAUUUUUCAGUCAAACUAUCAGAAAACAUGAAGGCAUCGUCCUUUAAAAAGCUCCAGAAGUUUUAUAUAGAUCCGUAUAAGCUGCUGCCAUUGCAGAGGUUUCUACCUCGUCCUCCUGGCGAGAAAGGACCUCCCAGAGGUGGAGGUGCUGGUGGCAGGGGAGGUCGAGGAGGAGGAAGAGGAGGUGGUGGCCGAGGUGGUGGAAGAGGUGGUGGCUUUAGAGGUGGAAGAGGUGGAGGUGGGGGCUUCAGAGGAGGAAGAGGAGGUGGUGGAUUCCGAGGAAGAGGACAUUAGAUGUGGCAGUUGGCAGACCUCACAUCUUCUGUUUUUUCUGCGUGAUCUUCUGCUGUGAUUGAAGUCUGUCUGGAGUCUUGAGGAUGCCGCUCUGUCAGUGGAGCUGAAUCGUCUGUCAGCACUGGAUAGAAACAAGUGGGGCAGAACAGUUGUUUGUGCCCAGAAAAAGCAUGAAGACCCCGCUUUGUGCAGUACCUGGGACUUAAGCCUGGUGGGUGCUUAAGGAACAACAGGACUUCUCCUCUGAAGCAUACUUUGAGUUUUUUAAAUAAAAUUUUUUAUUUCUUUAA